AUGGAUGACCAACAACCAUUACAAACAUAUAAUCAACCGCCACCACCAUUACCAAAACAUAUUCAAUUACAAAUACAACAACGACAAUUACAACUUCAACAACAAGAAGAGCAAGAGCGAUUACAGCAGCAACAACAACAGCAACAGCAACAACAAGACCAACAGCAACACAAAUUAGAGGAAGGAUCAAGAAGAAGAUCAUUAAGUGAUGUAGUUGGAGGAGUUAAUAUUAGUAAUAAAGAGACACCAAAAAGAGCUUUUAGAAUAUAUUGGGCAAACGAUAAUCAUAUGUAUUGGACCUUAUUAUUGGAUUCAACAAAUACAGUGGGAGAUGUUAGUGAAGGAUUAAAAGAUAAAGUACCAUCAAGUGGUACACAAUGUUAUUUAUAUAAAAGAACUAAAGCUAAUUUUGGGCGUUGGAAAGAUAGAAGACUUUCAAAUGAGGAUAGUGUUUGGGAUAUAGUUGAUAGAAGAAGAAAGAAUCAUAAAUCUGAUCCAAUAUUCGUUUUGAAAAGAAAGAAAUCAACAUUUUCAAUAUCACAAAAGAAAUCACCACAAAAUGAAUCUGAUACAUCACCAUUAUCUAGUUCUGGUGAAUUCUUAAAUCCAUACACAAAUCCUACAGGCAGUAAUAAUAUAGUACCCUCAAAUGCUGGUCAUAGUCGUAAUACAAGUAGUAAUAGUAAUAAUAGUGCAAAUACAAGUAGUAAUAAUUUAUUAGCUCAUCAUCAAUUUAAUAAUAAUAAUAAUAAUAAUAAUAAUAAUAAUAAUAAUAAUAAUAAUAAUAAUAAUAAUAAUAAUAAUAAUAAUAAUAAUAAUAAUAAUAAUAAUAAUAAUAAUAAUAAUAAUAAUAGCAAUAAUAGUAGUAAUAGUAAUAGUAAUAAUAGUUCAAAUACAACAACUACUACUACUACAACAACAACUACAACAACUACUUCAACAUCAACAAAUAGUAUUAAUACAAGUAAUAAUAAUAAUAAUAAUAAUAGUGGUAGUAAUAUUAAUCCAAGUAGUUUUAUAUCACCAAUGUCAUCAUUGGUUUCUUUGUCAUUAUCAUCGUCACCUGCUUCAUCAGCUCCACAUUCACCAACAUUAAGUUCACAACCAUCAUCACCUCAUACUAUAACACCAAUUACAACAUCACCACCUCCACCUCAAAGAAAUAAUAGUAGUAAAUCAUUAAAGAGUACAAUGGAGAUGGAACCACCUGCUGAAUAUAUCUCAUUAUUAUCAAAUAACCCACCACCAACCAAUGGCUCUGGUUCAAGACCACCAUCAGGUUCCUUUAUACCUGGUUCAAUUGUAAAUGGUUCACGUUCUAGUGCUUCAGAUUUAAUUGGUUUUAAGCCUCCUGUAUGCCAACAACAACAACAACAACAACAACAACAACAACAACAACAACAACAACAGGUUCAGCAACAACAACAACAACCACAACAGGUUCAACAACUACAACAACUACAACAACUACAACAACAAUACCAACAACAACAACCACAACAACAAAUUCAACCAUUAUCACCACAACAACAAUCUCAACAACAGCAACAAUCACCAGUUAAACAAUCAGAAUCAAUUCCACAAUCACCAAAUUUACAAUCAAUUACACAAUCAUCAUCAAGUAAUAAACCACUUAGUGGAAGUACAGGUAUGAAUAGAUCAUCAAGUCCAAGUCCAUUUGCAAAGAAAAAUAUUGGAGGUGGUGGAGGUGGUGGUAGUUUGGCAGAUAGAAAGAAUAGAUUAUCAGUUCAACCAAAAGAUAUUAUGCGUUUAAUGAGAUUCUAUUUUGGUGAUUCAUUGGAUGGUACAUUCUUUACGAUUGCAGUUCAAAAUGAUACCUCUGCAAAGGAUGUUUGUGCCUCUGUUGAACAAAAACUUUUAUUACCAAGUGGUAGUACAUUUGUAUCGUUGGUUCUACCAAUUCAACCAAAUGGAUCAAAGAUUGAGCGUGUUUUGGGUGAGGAUGAAAUCAUUAUAGAAGUAAAGGAUACAUGGGAAGAUCCUUCACAAACUUUCUUUCAAGUCACACAUAAACAACAAGCACCAAACAAUAAAAGAUUAUCAAGACAAAUUCAAGCAGAACCACAUGUUAUACCCUCAGAAUGGCGUAGAAGUACUGAUGCAAUUUCAUUACGUGCCUCAAGUGACGAUAUGUGGAAACGUAAAUCAAUUCCAAUAUUCUUACAGGUUACAGGUCCACCAAAUACUCAUUCACAUUCUCAUUCACCACAAAGACAGUUACCAAAUAUGAGUGGUUCACCACAUUCACAUCAUCAUCAUCAAAAUAAUAAUAACAAUAACAAUAACAAUAAUAAUAAUAAUAAUAAUAAUGAUUUAGAUGAUGAUGAUAGUGAUGAUGAAUCAGAUUUUGAUGUAUCAACAUUAAGAGGAUGGGUACAUUGGAUUCCAAGUGCAGAUUUAGAAUAUAUCAAACGUAUUGGGUCAGGUACUUAUUCAAAAGUUUAUAAAGGAAAAUAUCGUGACAAGUUUGUAGCAAUCAAAACCAUGCGUGGUUCUAAUAUGACAACGGAACAAAUUGAAUCAUUCAAGAAGGAAUGUGAUAUUCUUAGUACCAUUCAAUCACCACUUCUUAUUUCUUUCUAUGGUAGUUGCAUUGAAGAGAGUCAAUUAAGUAUGGUUGUGGAAUAUUGUAGCAAAGGUACAUUACAUAAAGUUUUAAAUAAUCCACUCUUGGAUUUCGAUUGGGACAAAUGGUUUAAAUGGAUGACAGAAGUCGUUGAAGGUGUAAGAUAUCUUCAUAGCAUGAAUCCACCAAUGGUACAUCGUGACUUGAAAACAUUGAAUAUUUUAAUCUCUUCGGAUUGGACUGCCAAAUUGUGUGAUUUUGGUUUAACACGUACAAUGACAAUGACAAACGUAAGUACAUUGGGUAUGCUUAGAGGUACAAUGGCUUACACUGCACCUGAAAUCUAUGAUGGUCUUCUCUUCAAUACAAAAUCUGAUGUUUACUCUUUGGGUGUCAUCAUGUGGGAAGCUAUUCAAAGAUGUAUAUCUGGUGUCUACCUUAGACCAUUCCAUGAACAUCCAAUCUCUAUGGAUAUUCAAAUCAUCAUUUUAACAUCAAAGAAUAAAGUCAGACCAAAGAUCUCUGAAAAUUGUCCAGAACAACUUAAAACUCUCAUCACUAGAUGUUGGGAUGAGAACCCUGACAAAAGACCAAAUUGUGAUGAGAUUUUAGAAAUUUUACUCACAAUGAAACAAGCUCAUGAUGAAAAUAAAGAUGAAUGGGAGUCAAUAAGAACUAAAUUACCAAAACAAACUAUUAAAGCUGUUAGUAGUAGUAGUAGUAAUAAUAAUAAUAAUAAUAAUAAUAACAAUAAUAACAAUAAUAAUAAUAAUAACAAUAAUAAUAACAAUAACAAUAAUAAUAAUGGUACCAAUACAAAUUCUACUGUAAAUAAUGUUGUUGUGCCUUCUUCCUCAAAUGCAACCAUUGUCGUUGCACCAUCAGUUUCCUCAAAUUCAUCAAAUAUUAAUACUAGUAUGGAUAAUAAAUCAAUGUCUUCACUUUCUGAUAGUCCAGUUUUACCAUCAGUUGGUAUUGUUUCUACUUCUUCACUUACUGGAAAUAGCAAUAUUAAUAAUAAUAAUAAUAAUAUUCAUGAUAAUAAUAACCCAAAUAAUAAUAAUAGUAACAACUCAAAUAAUACUUCAUUAGAUGUACCACCAGUUGGUGUUAUAUUAACAAGAGAUAGAAGAAAUUCUAUUAUAGCGGUUGGAGAAGUUCCUGUCAUUGUAAAGCCACCAGAAACACCAGAUGGUACUACAAUGGUUACAGAAGUAUUUGAUUUUGAAGUUCCUCAAGAUUCACCAUCAUUAGAACCUUUAUCUUCAAAUAAUAUAAUUUCAACUGCAAAUAUUUUAAAUAUUGGUUAUGUAAAUAAUGAAAAUAAUUCAAUAAUAAUAGAAGGUAAUAAAAGCACUCUAAAUGAAAUUGGAAAUAAUAAUAAUAAUAAUAAUAAUAAUAAUAAUAAUAAUAAUAAUAAUAAUAAUAGUAGUAAUAAUAAUAGUAUUAAUAAUAAUAGUAGUAAUAACGAUGAAAAUAAUUGUAUUAAUAAUUGUAUCAAUAUAGAAUCAAAUGAAAGUUGUAUAAAAUCAAACACACCAGAACAAAUCACUUUAAAAUGUGUUGAUGAACGAUAA